GAACGUUUUUAAUUUUGGUGUUACCAUAGGUCGAAAAGGAAAAAGUUUCUUGUUGGAAUCUUGUUUUUAAUUCUAAAUAUAUUUGGAUAAAUCCAGGAAAGCAAGAAUAAAUCAACAAUGAAUCCUCUAGAACAAGGAGAACAUUUGCUGGCAUUAAAAGUGAUGCGUCUGACACGUCCCACUUUGGUCGCACCACAAGUGAUUUCAUGUGAGCCUCGAGAUUUGCCGCAGUUUAGUCUUAAACAAGUCUUGGAGUCCGAGGCAUCCAUUGCCGGCGCCGAGACCUUGGCUGCUGGUCAAUUUAUGCUACUGCCACAAUCAUUCGGCAACAUCUAUUUGGGCGAAACAUUUUCCAGUUACAUUUGUGUACACAAUUGUACCUCACAUCCAGUUGAGGGUGUAACCGUCAAAGCUGACCUGCAGUCGAACAAUACUCGCAUAAAUUUGCCUAUGCAUGAAAAUAAGACCAAACCGGCAACAUUGGGGCCCGAUGAAACACUAGACGAUACAAUACGCUACGAAGUUAAAGAAAUUGGAACCCACAUAUUGGUUUGCGAAGUUAACUAUACAACUCCAGCUGGCUUGCCUCAGUAUUUCCGUAAAUUCUUUAAAUUUCAAGUUCUCAAGCCUCUGGAUGUAAAGACUAAAUUCUAUAAUGCUGAAAUGGAUGAAAUCUAUUUGGAGGCACAAAUACAAAACAUAACAACUGGUCCGUUUUGUUUGGAAAAAGUUGAACUUGAUAGUUCGGAUCAGUAUACUGUGACUUCCUUGAAUACUCUGCCCAAUGGUGAAUCUGUAUUUACUUCCAAGAAUAUGCUACAGCCAAAUAAUAGUUGCCAAUUCUUGUAUUGUAUAAAGCCAAAACCUGAAAUUGCCAAGGACAUAAAGGCUUUGCGGGCCGCGAAUACCGUAGGAAAACUAGACAUUGUGUGGCGUUCGAAUUUAGGUGAAAAAGGACGUUUGCAAACUAGUCAAUUGCAGAGAUUACCCUUUGAGUAUAAGGAUGUACGACUGGAGGUCAUUGAUGCCAUGAAUAUUGUUAAGAUUGGUGAACCAUUUACAUUCACUUGUCGUGUCACAAAUACCGCUGAAAGACCCAUGGAUUUGAUGGUAAAACUUCCUACACCUUUAGAUUACAAUUGUCCUUAUACCGGGUCAGCAGAAUUCAGUUUGGGUGUUAUUGAUCCCGGUCAAUAUCGUGAAUUCCCAAUGACAAUAUGUCCCUCCAAAUUGGGUUUGGUGAAAGUAACGCCAUUGAUUUUCACCAAUACCCUAUUGCAAGAGCAGUAUACCAUUGAAAAGGUGGUGGAUGUUUUUGUUGUUGACACCGAUUACCACGAAGAUGAAUCAUUCCAAAUUAAUAAAUUUGUACGUUAUGAUAAUGCCCCAAAGAUUGAAAAUCAAUCUAUGCAAUUGCAAGUGGUGUAGGUUGUUGCUUUAGAUUCCAGAUUUUAUAUUAUGAUAAUUUGUAAUGUUAAAUAUAUCAAUAUUUAUUU